AUGACUACUCGCUUUUAUUAUGAAGACGGCCAAGGAAAAUUGGUUGAUGAGGAAGGAAACGAUGCGAUGGACUGGGUUGAGGAAGCUACUCAUUUUCACUUAAGAACUCUGACUCGUAUUACAGAGUAUUGUAGAAAGCAAGAGGAAGAAGGGGUUUCCUCCGAUGAUUCCUUGAGAAAUCUUGACGCUGAUAUGGAGGAAGUCAUAGCUAUAGUUAAGAAGCAGAAAAGAGUUCACUACAAACACUCAAAUGAGCAAAAGCUCGCUUUUGUGUAUUAUAACCGAAUUAAAUUAUUUAACGCAGCCAAGUCCGGGCGCUUAGCAGGCAGCAUAGCCGAGAGAACAACACAGAAAUGGGCCAGGAAACUCAAAGAGGAUAAGGAUUGGAACAUAUCUGAGAAACAAAUCAAUUUGGUCAAUAGACCAAAACCACAAUUGGAUGAGAGAUAUAAGAAGUUAACACGCUUGCCGGUUGCUAGAAAUAACUCAGUUAAGAUUCAAGCUCGUAAAGAUUGGGUCAUCAAGUGGACUGCUACUGAUAUGAAUUAUUUAGAGAACUGUGUAUUCGUAGACGAGUCUGCAUUUGAUAUAAACAUGAGACAUCCUAGCGGAUGGUCUGUAAAAGGAACACCCGCUAUUACGACCAUUCCAACCACUAGAGCUGUAUUUCAUACUGUAUUAGGCGCCAUAUCAACAAAGUUUGUUGUUACUAUGAAACUUUGUAAUCCUCAAGAAGAACGCUCUAAACGAAUUAAAAUUGUUCACAGUGGUCGUAAAAGAAAAGCACCUACAGAAAAAAAAAUCUAG